UCACAAAGGGACCUGCCAUAAGUCGACAAGCUAAAUGCAAGAUCUCGAGGCAUAUCCGCUUAAUGAGUUAUUUACACGUCUCCAAGUUAAACCACACAUCAAUAUCGAGACGUUAAGCUUACCAACUUUUGACAAUCGAGAAAAAAAAAGGUUUUGAAAAAAAUCAUAGAAAGACACUUCUAAUCUCCGAUUCUUUCCUCUGAUAAGAAAUUUUUGCCACUAUAUUUUGGAAACUUGGCACCACUUUUAGAUUGAAAAAAAUUAUCGAUAUCCCUAAGAUGUCUUUAUCAAAAGUGACAAGCGAGAGUAUUGAUACGUGACCUGGUAUAAGGAUUUUUUUUAAAACAACCCGCAAGGCGAAGCUAACAACUUGUAUACAUAUGAGGAAAUGAACAUCCUCGAUUAAUGAACUGGGAGAUUGUUCAACUAUGAAACCGAUAUUCAGCGGGCGAAUAUAACUUCCGUGUUAAAAGGCUGUAUAUUCCCGACAAAAAGCAGGACAAGGUUUACCACCGUCUAGUUAAAAUAUGAAAACGUGGUUUUGGAUUCUUGGUUGGUUUCUUUCAAUCCUCACCAUUACUGGGAAUAGCUUUAUUACGUUCCUGAUUUGUAAACGAAGGCAGCUUCGCACCAAAACCAACGCGUUUGUGGCGUCCUUAGCCGUGGCUGACUUCUGUGUUGGGAUGACCGUUGUUCCUAUGUUAUUCAUCUUAAAAGAAAAAGAUUCAGAAACUCAGAAGAUCCAGCUGUACGUGAGGUUAAUUUUUGUGAGAGCAUCAGUGACGAAUUUGUGCAGUCUGGUAUUGGAUCGCUUCGUGGCCGUCGUGAAGCCAUUAAAGUACAUGACAAUUAUGACGCGUGGCCGAGUCAUCCAAAUGGUUUUCUUGUCUUGGGCCUUUCCGGCAGCUUUUAUCGCGGUGAGAGCAUCUCUCCACUUUGCCUUACACGUGCGUCAUCUCGAUAACAUCUUUAUUUGGUUGGACACGUUCACUUUUAAACUAGUCCCAUGUGUCAUGUUGGUCUCCUGCUUCGCAUGUAUGCUCAGUGUUAUUUGUAAGCACGGUCGACAGAUGCGCACGCUUUUAAAACAAAUACGUUUCAACGCACCGGUUUGUUAUCGACCUCAAGAUAAUGCCGCUGUUAAGAUAAUGGCCAUCGUUAUAGGGGUGUUCCUGCUGUGCAGCGCAAUCAGGUUCCACUGUGGGCUCAGUUCUCUUAGUCAUGGCAAGAUCGAUUGUGAUAUUCUUAGUGUAAAAAUACUCAUUACAGUUUUAAACUCAGCUGUAAAUCCUUUAGCUUAUGCGGUAUAUAAGAGAGACGUAAAAAAAGAGCUUAAAAAAAUGACAAGAAUAAACUUUUGAGAAUGACUUUACAAUUUCUGAACGGAAAAAUGUCAAAAUUCGUACAAAGAGUAGCCAUAGAGAGAAAGCACCUAUUAUAGUUUUUAACUCCGCUGCGAAGCCUAUAGCUUAAAAGAAGAAACUUUACAACUAUGGAGAAUAAAUUGAACAUUUGUAAAGAGUGCAAAUGGAGAGAAAAAGUUUUAAACUCAGUCGUGAAGCCUUGAUAGUGCGUCAUUUAAGAGAGAUAAUGCAAAUCAAUUGAACGUUUUAACUAAUUCACUCCGACGAUUCCACUGAUAAUCCUUCUUAUUGUCUUCCACACGAUUCUUAGGAUAUUACUCUAGAGAGUUUGUCCUAAUUGAGUAAAGAAUCGAGAAAACUGAAUUUUAUGAACACUCGUAAUACUUGGCCCUCUCCACGUAAACAAGCGAUUGCACUUCUAGGAGUAAAGCAAAUUUUCAUUUCAUGAAGUUUCAGCGA